AUGACCGACAAAAAGAUUCAAAUUGUUUGCCUCUACCGAACGAUUAACGCAAUUCGCGACCGUUCGCUAAAACAACUGAAAUUUGCCAAGGAUUUUUCUGCGGAAAAUGGGGAUCUCGAUGAGUUGGAGGAAAGACUUUCCGUUAUUGAAGAUAUACGUUCACAGUUUCGCGAUGCCCGUUCGAAGCUUUACAGUUUGGUUAAGGACGAUGACGUUACCGAACUCAACGAACAUGGUGAGGAAAUUGAGGAUACCCUCGACAGUGCACGGUUUCAAAUACGUCGUCAUGUGAAGCAAGCCAGACCUCCAACAAACAGUUCCGUGAAACAAGAAUCCGAUUCUCAUUCCUCAAAAUCCAAAUUGCCCGACAUUCCGCUUCCCAAAUUUGACGGUCAUUAUGAAAACUGGAUCUACUUUCGGGAUCAGUUUAAUUCAAUUAUCUAUCGUCGUGAGAAUUUGGACGAUUUCGAACGCUUGCACUAUCUACGAAUGUGUCUGUGUGGGGAAGCAAGAAACUUGCAAUGCAACGAAGAGACUUUUUCCUCUCUCUGGGAUGCAUUGACCCGUCGCUACGAAAACAAGCGAUGGUUAAUCGAAAAACAUUUGGGUGAUUUGUUCAAGAUUCCCUCUCUGACGUCCGAAAAUGCUGCAGGUUUGCGAACAAUGCUAGAUAGUUUUCUGAAGCACAUUCGAGCUUUGAAUGCCCUUGGAAUUACACUGGAUAAAAUGUCCGAAUUGGUUUUCGGCCAAAUGGUGAUGAUGCGUCUUCACCCACGAACUCGUCGGGAGUAUGAAGCAGAAAUCGGAGAAAGUGAAAUUCCAUCGUGGAAGGAAUUAGUAGAUUUUUUGGGAAACCACUGCCGUAUGCUGGAGAAUUUGGAAUGUAUGAACAAAAGUUGUGCCCCUGUUACUGCCAAUCGUACGUCGAAACCUUCCAGCUCUGCUUCUGGUCCUCGAUCGUCGUCAUCGAAUCGUGCAUUCGCUGCAACUACUACUCGUGAGCGCAGCAAAAUCAGUUGUUUCUUGUGUCGUCAAAACCAUUACAUCAACCAGUGUGAAGGUUUCUUGAAGCUGACUCCUCCACAACGUAUCGAGAAGGCGAAAGUGCUCAACCUUUGCUUCAACUGUUUGUCCAACAACCACACGUCGAGUCAAUGCAAUCGAAGUUUGUGUCGAACCUGCCAGAAGAAACACCAUACAUUGCUGCAUUUGGAAACCAAACAAUCAUUUUCCGUAGUCCCGAGGGAGAAUGUACCGAUUGAACAACCCAAAGGUCAACGUGAACAACCGAUGCCAUCCGAACCUCCUGUGUCGAAUACCACCGUUUCCCAAACUUGUCGUUCCAUUCCGAUUCAUCGUCAAAUUUUGCUCAAUACUGCCGUCGUCUACGUCGAAGAUUACCACAAGAAGUUACAUAAGGUCCGAGUGCUCUUGGAUUCUGGAUCCAUGGUCAACUUUAUUACCGAAGACUGCGUUCAGCGGCUUGGGCUGAGAAAAACCAAGGGAGAUGUACAUGUUUCUGGGGUCUGCGGUAAAACUUCUGCUGUCCAGUACAAGGUUCACGCUACGAUUCGUUCUACCACCUCCAGGUACGAGACCGAAAUCGAAUGUCUGGUUACUAAGCGGAUAACAGCAGAUCUUCCUCUCGAAGGUUUUGAGGUAGAUACCUUGAUGAUUCCUGAAAAUCUAAUUUUGGCGGAUCCAUCUUUCAACAUCCCAAAUAAAAUUGAUGUUUUGAUUGGUAUGGAUGUAUACACGAAGAUCUUGGAGAACAACCGGGUUCCUCUGCUAAAUGGUAGCCCUGUUAUGCAACAAACGUUUUUUGGUUGGGUGAUUGGUGGAAAAGUGGAAGUCAAGAAGCCACUAGUUUCUGAUUUGGUCACAAACGAGGAUCUGGAUGAAUUGCUGAAGCGUUUCUGGGAAGUGGAAGAUUGUGGUACUGAAUCGAAGUGUACGACUUAA